AACCCGUCGGCCGCCCCACUUUCGGCAACGUGAUCGUUGACCUCACGCGCCCCACCGAGCUCUCCGAUUCCACUCCACAAGACGAUGUCGUCAUCACCGUACUCCUACACAUGCGGCUCACGCGCCUCAUCCCGGCGAUACUCUCUAUCCCUUUCUUUUCUUCCUCGCCGUUCCCAUCUUCUCCUCUUCGCCUUCCAAUUUCCCUUUCUUCCGAUCCCUGCGAUUCGCCCUUUGAUCUGCCUUUUUCUUGGAUUUCCGGCUCCGAUCCGUGAUGGAUUCGCUUGCUCCGGCUCCGGCUCCCCGGCCGUUGCCUUUCCGGGAGGAUUGCUGGAGCGAGGAGGCCACGUCGACGCUCGUCGACGCUUGGGGUCGCCGGUAUAUGGAGCUCAACAGGGGGAACCUCCGGCAUAAGGAUUGGCAGGAGGUUGCCGACGCCGUCAACUCCCUCCACGGCCACACCAAGAAGACCCACCGGACCGAUGUCCAGUGUAAGAACCGGAUCGAUACUCUGAAGAAGAAGUACAAGACGGAGAAGGCCAAGAUCUCGGAGUCUAACGGAACCCUAACGUCGUCCUGGCCGUUCUUCUCCCGGCUCGAUUUCCUGAUCGGGAACUCCGGGAAGAAUCAGAUCCCCAAAGGCUCCCCUGUGUCCAUGAGCAGCCCUCCUUUGCCCCUCCCUCUGACCUCUUAUUCCCCUAUGCCGCUGCCGCCUUUUCCCUCUCCGCCCAUGGGAGUGCCCCUCCCCUUCCGGAGACCGCCGCCUGCAGUGGCCCAGCCGGCGAUCUUGCCCCAGAAGCGUCCCUCUCCAGCCAUGGACGACUCAUAUUUCAAGAAGAAUUACUCAGCCGUGGCUGCAGCAGCCGCGGCAGCCACUGCUGCAGAGGAUGAAGAGGGGUACGAAGAGGAAGAGGAGGAGGAGGAUGAAGAGGAGGAAGAGAGGGAGGAAUCCGAGGAGGAGGAGGAGGAGAUGGAAACGAGUAACGGGAUCACAGAGGACGAGGGAAUCAGGAGGCUGGCGAAUGCCAUUAAGAGGUUUGGGGAAAUAUACGAGAGAGUGGAGGGGAUGAAGCAGAGACAGAUGAUUGAGUUGGAGAAGCAGAGGAUGCAAUUUGCAAAGGAUUUGGAGGUUCAGAGGAUGCAGUUGUACAUGGAUACCCAAGUCCAGCUCGAGAAGAUCAAGCAAUCCAAGCGUUCUGGAUCAGAUGAUAUGUAUAGCUAGCAUGCGUGGUUGCCCGGAGGAAGCGUUAUUGAGCAGAAACGGGAACAAAUUAUGGGUUUGUUUGAACAUUAAAGUAUUGGUGCUGCCAUUUGCCCGUUGCCCGAAUUAUUAUUAUUAUUUACCCCAUACUUUUUUUUUUGUUUUUGUUUGUAUCAUUAGAUUCUCACUUAUUCCUGUGUCACAUUCAGCAAAAAUGCUGCAUUUUUUUAUAUUACCGCUAUUUAUCCCGCGUAUAAUCUUGGUACAUA